GACACUUUCGCGCUCAUCCGCCCGCAAAAAGUCGUGACUGAAAGUAGAAAUGGCAGUCCAAACCCUUAGAUUUGUCAAAAAUGUCGUCAUUUCGUCAGUUCUUACACCCUCUCCAUUCUGUCUUCAACACGAACCCCCAUAACACCUGCUCUGCCUGUGCAUCAGUGCAUCUGCUUCCACCACCACCGCUUCUUCCUCCUCCUCCCGCUGCUUAUAUACUUGUGUUAAUUCGAGAUCCGUGUUACCAUUACCCACCCAACAACCACAAUACGCUACACAAUCCCCAAUACUCUCUCUGAUGUCACUCACCGAGGAGCUCGACGCAUUAUUCGACCUAAAAAGUUUCAGAGGAAAAUUUCAGAUUUUCUCAGGUAAUAUUUUGCAGGUAAUAUCAGAAUCCAUGGCCACGACCGGUUGCGUUGUCGAAACUCAAGAUGAUUGUCGCGACGAAUCAGAAGCAUGGGUUCUAAAGAUGAUUGCAAUCGCUACAAUUCUCACAGCCGGAGUAACAGGCGUGGCAAUUCCCCUUGUCGGAAAGAAGCGAAGGUUGUUACGCACAGACGGGAAUCUAUUCAUCGCCACUAAAGCCUUCGCCGCGGGCGUCAUUCUGGCAACGGGGUUCGUUCACAUGCUUCCAGACGGAUCAUCCGCGCUGUCCGACCCGUGCUUGCCCGAGAAGCCAUGGUCCAAGUUUCCAUUCUCCGGGUUCAUCGCCAUGAUGGCUUCACUCUUAACCCUGCUAUUCGAUUUCGUUGGAACUCAGUUCUACGAGCGAAGACACGAGGGCAAAGCAACGGCGGGUAAUGAACCGGGCGGAGACAAGUCGGUGGAGACGGCGUCGAAUUCUGUAAUUGUUCCGGUGGAGUGUGGAGCAGAGAAGGUGUUCGGGGUGGGGAUACACGCGCACGCGGCGCACCAUAGCCAUAGCCAUAGCCAUAGGCACACUCAUCCGCACGGGCACCAAGCUUCCGAUGGUAACGCGGUGGGACUGGGAAUUGGACAUUCCCACGGAUUUGAAGACAGCGAGGAGGAGGAGGAGGCGGGUGGUGUACGCCACGUCGUCGUUUCGCAGAUAUUGGAGCUUGGAAUCGUAUCGCACUCGGUGAUAAUAGGGCUAUCACUAGGGGUGUCGCAGAGCCCGUGCAGCAUACGGCCGCUGAUAGCGGCGUUGUCGUUCCAUCAAUUCUUUGAGGGGUUGGCGCUGGGAGGAUGCAUAUCCCAAGCGAGGUUGAAGUGGGUAUCGGCGACGGUGAUGGCGUGUUUCUUCGCGAUAACGACACCGGCGGGAAUAGGGGUGGGGACAGGGGUGGCGUCAUUCUACAAUCCAAACAGCCCAAGAGCGCUGGCCAUAGAAGGAAUUCUGGACUCAGUAUCGGCGGGGAUACUGGUAUACAUGGCGCUGGUGGACCUGAUAGCUGCUGAUUUCAUGAGCAAGAGAAUGAGAUGCAACGCCCGUCUCCAGGCCGUCUCUCUCUUGGCCCUCUUCCUUGGUGCUGGCUUGAUGUCCUCUCUCGCCAUCUGGGCCUAGAUUCUUUUUUUUAUUUAAUAUUUAUAAUUUAUUUCCAAGCUACAAAUGAAGAGCAGUCACAGGCUCACAGCAGUGUUGUUGUAGUUGCUAGUUGUUUCAGUAAGCCAGUUUUUUUUUUUUUUUUUUAAUUUAACAAAACAAAAAAUGUAUAGAGGAAUAGAGGAGGCUUUCACAAAUCACAUUGGCAAGGAAAAUAUUGUAGUACGUGUGGGAUGAUUAAUGAUAGAAAACCAACUUCUGGAGA